GUUUCGCUGCUGGGAGAGGAGGGAGAAACAGAAAAUAAAAACACACCGCAAGGGGAAAAAUUAUAUAUAUAUAUAUGUAGGAAGAAGAAAGGCAAAUUAAAUAAUUAAUAGGCAUACGAUAAUUUCGAGAGCCGCGGGAGCGGCCCCUCGGCCGAGCAUGGGGCGGGGGGCGGCCCGCAGCCCCCGGGGCCCGGCGCGGCCGCGGGCAUGACCCGGGCCCGGAGCGGCGCCGGCCCGGCCGGGGGAGCGCUCGGGCCGGGGGGGCCGGGCCGGGGCGCGGGGCCGCCUCCCUCCCUCCGCCCUGCCCAGCCCUCCGCGCAUCCUCCGGCACCGCCGAGCCGCGCCGAGCCGCGCCGGGCCGGGCCGGGGGUCCGAGCCGAGCCCAGUCGGUGGGGCCGAGCCGUGCCGAGCGGGAGGAUGAGGGGCAUCCUCUGCUUCUGCACCCUGAUCCUCCUGGAAGGCAUGGCGCAGGCGGCUGCCUCGAGCAGGGACUGCCUGCAGGCGGGCGAGUCCUGCACCACGGACCCCGUGUGCAGCGCCAAGUUCCGCACGCUGCGCCAGUGCAUCGCGGGCAACGGCGCCAACAAGCUGGGCCCCGACGCCAAGAGCCAGUGCCGCAGCACCGUCACCGCGCUGCUCUCCAGCCAGCUCUACGGCUGCAAGUGCAAGCGCGGCAUGAAGAAGGAGAAGCACUGCCUGAGCGUCUACUGGAGCAUCCACCACACGCUGAUGGAAGGCAUGAAUGUGCUGGAGAGCUCCCCUUACGAGCCCUUCGUCAGGGGCUUUGACUACGUCCGGCUGGCCUCCAUCACGGCAGGCUCUGAGAACGAGGUGACGCAGGUGAACCGCUGCCUGGACGCCGCCAAGGCCUGCAACGUGGACGAGAUGUGCCAGCGGCUGCGCACCGAGUACGUGUCCCUCUGCAUCCGGCGCCUGGCCCGCGCCGACACCUGCAGCCGCUCCAAGUGCCACAAGGCGCUGCGCAAGUUCUUCGACCGCGUGCCCCCGGAGUACACGCACGAGCUGCUCUUCUGCCCCUGCGACGACACGGCCUGCGCCGAGCGCCGGCGCCAGACCAUCGUCCCGGCCUGCUCCUACGAGUCCAAGGACAAGCCCAACUGCCUGGCGCCGCUGGACGCCUGCCGCAAGAACUACGUGUGCAGGUCGCGCUAUGCCGAGUUCCAGUUCAACUGCCAGCCGUCCCCACAGGCCGCCAGCGGCUGCCGCAGGGACAGCUUCGCCGCCUGCCUGCUGGCCUACACCGGCAUCAUCGGCAGCCCCAUCACCCCCAACUACAUCGACAACUCAACAUCCAGCAUAGCUCCCUGGUGCACCUGCAACGCCAGCGGGAACCGGCAGGAAGAGUGCGAGAGCUUCCUGCACCUCUUCACCAACAACGCCUGUCUCCAAAAUGCCAUUCAGGCGUUUGGCAACGGGACUCACCUGAACACAGCCGUGGCCCCGUCCAUCCCCCCCACCACACAGAUGUACAAGCAGGAGCCAAAUGCCAACAGAGCCGUGGCGACCCUCAGAGAGAACAGCUUGGAGCACCUCCAGCCCACCAAGGUGGCUGGAGAGGAGAGGCUCCUGCGUGGCUCCACUCGUUUGUCGUCAGGGACCUCCAGCCCAGCAGCCCCUCCCUGCUGGGCGGCCUCUCUGCUCCAGGUGUGGCUUCUCCUCGCCCCUGCUGUGCUGAGCCUCCCCGUGAUGUGAGGCAGGGCUGCCACACACCAGGCAGAGACUCGAUCGGUGUUGGUUUCUUUACUGAACAACCAGAGCAGUAACUUUUUCAGGAGAGCAGGGAGAAGGGAGGGGAUGGGAAGGCAAGGUGAGUGUUUGGGCAUCCCUUCCUCCUCCUCAUCUGUCUGCCAGUUUAUUUGAUUUUAUAUGAUCAGCAUUGUCGACAACCAGCUCAUCCUUGGUCCUGGCCACCUCUCCACACCACAGCUUGGUUGUUGUUUCUCCAACUCUCUGUGGAUAGGGCUGGAGCCAUGGAAAAUUCCCUUGGAAAAGAUGAAGGAGAGAGUUGAUCCAAGAAAUGAAAGCUGCAAAGGAAAUGCUUUUUCCUGCCCCAGCCAAGAGGGGAAAGGCUUUUGAUGGAUGGAUGAACGGAUGACCUGUCAGGAGGUUUCCUGAAGCCCACAUGGAGGGGCUCCUGACAGGGCAUGUCGAGUGAUGUGGAGUUCAGACUGUCUGCAGGGUUGCUCAGGAGGACAAUGCACCUGGUUCCUCCAGACUGAAGAAACCAGAGGACCCGUGAGAAGGUGGUUGGCUUUGUUCACUGGAAAGGAACCUGAAGCACCUCUGGGGAGGACCAAGGAACCACACUCUGAACUGGCUGGCAGGGAUUAUCCACCCUCUCAAAACCAUGGCCAGAGUGCAACCAGCACCCAUGUCCCAGCUGCCACCUGCCCUCGGGCCCUCCUUCUGAGGGGAACCUGUGUCCUGUAUUGAUGGUUUUCAGGAAGAAACAUGUGUGUUGCAUUUUGUUUACAACUGAAUUUUUUGUGUCGCAACCCAAACAUGUCUGUCCACUGGUCCUGUGCAGUGUUUGGGGCAUUUUUUGCCACAUCCAAAUAACCGGAGGCCAAUAUUGUCCCACUCCAGGCUACCCUUUCUGUGUCAGGGGCCAAGGUGUGAGCCCAUGGGCCAGAUUUGAUGUGAGCCCACCAAGAAAGGCCAAGUCAUGAACUAUAUCAUGGGUAGGGACCAGAUUGCUACAGUUUCCUCUCCUUGAAGAGCAGGCAGAGGCAACCACCUGUGUCCAGGUGAGCAGGUGAAGGGCUUUGCCUCUUGCCAGGUCCUGUUUUUGAGUGAAGAUGUCAUUUAAGCAAAGGUUGCUGAAGUGACCCUUUUACUGAGCCUCAGCCGGAGCCCAGGGGAGGAAAGUGAGGAUCAGUGUCUCUGGUGUCUUGGGGCACAGGGAGGCAGGUGUGGGACCUUGGACUACCUGAGCAUCCCAGGGUCUUUCCUCGAGGAGGUGACCUGAGGAAUCCCAGUGCCUCUUGGGGGGCUGAACCCCUUUACUGCGUUAAGCCAGGAAAGAUGGUAAGGAGGAGUGGGAAGGUUUCCCAGGAUAAAUGCUUGCCCAGGCUGAGUGCCAUGGGAGGAAGAGCAACAGCCCCAGAAUCCCCCUGAGUGUAUUUAGGCCUGGCCUUUGCAGCAGUCCAUUUAGUCCUUGGUUUGUGCUCCUCCAAUAAAUAUCAUUAAUCCCUUGGCAUUUGAAUGCAUGGAAAGGCUUAGGAAGCACCUGACACAGCAAAGUCCAUUGCUUUUUAUUCCCAUUUCCUGCAAAACCUCUCUGAUUGUUUAUUGCUUCAGAUUUUCUGAGAAACUGCAGCAACUUCCGUGGCUUUUGUUCCAACAAGAAAUCAUUCUGGUUUUCAGCUGAACACCUGUGGAUGUGUCUGCCGUGAACAGAAAUCCUCCUGCUGCAUCCUGUCCAAAGUGCUGCUCCUUGAGGUCCUCAGGGCUGUAGCACCUGGGUUUCCUAAUCCAGGGUUGUGCAGAGGAACACGCCAAGUUCCAAGGCUUGUGUGCAGGGUAACGAGUCACACCCUGAGCUAAAAGCUGUGUGUGAGAACUUCAUGGCCACGGAGCUCACUCUGAUCAGGAAAGCAGGCAAGGAGGGAGAGCUACAGGCAGGGAAGUCCUUUCAAAGUGACCCCACACGUGCACAGAGUUGCUGUGAACAUCUCCCUUUUCCCAGGACGUCAGCAUCUCCUGAGGGACCAAGUGACACAACUCUGACCUGCAGCUCUGCAGAGCUUGUGUCCUCAGAGCUGCAGGUGGGGGAGGCACAAAACCCCGACUGCCCAGCCCUUCAAAGGCAAGGAGCCACCUCAACACCACGAGGUCAUGCUGGGGAUUGCCAGCAAUUGAUCCUCUGCCCCUUUCCUGUCCUGUCCUGUAGUCGUGCUCUGCUUUUCCACACAUCUGGCCCCAGCAAACCAGUCUCCACCAGCUUUCCAUCGUGCACAGGCUGUGUCUGCAAAGGACGGGGAUGCAAGUGUCAGCUGCUUUGCAGGAGCACCCUCUCCUGUGUCUCUCACAUGUCAGUGUCGGUGAUGUUGAAGUGCCACUUUGCCAUUUCCUUCUCAUUCAGCAGAGAAAGAGUUUUUCUGGAUGGUCGGGAUGCCUGGUGGCCCCACCUCACCUCCCCCUUCAGACUGGUUUGCUGUAAAAUGAGGUGUGGAGAAUCCUACUCAAGACUGGAUGGGAUGGAGGAGACCUCCAGAGGUUACCCAGUCCCAGUGCCAUGUCCCACAUCAGUACCUGCUUUAACAAUUCAGUGACAGACACCAUCAUCUCCCCUGGAUUGAUAUCACAGAAUCAUGAAAUGGGUCAGGUGGGACCUUAAGGCUCAUCUUGUUCCAGCCCCUCUGCCAUGGGCAGGGACACCUUCCACUAUUCCAGGUUUUUCCAAGCCACAUCCAACCUGGCCUUGGACACUUCUGGGGUUUAAUCCUGCUUUAAGGACUCUGCUGAUGUUAAUUGUCUCUAUGGAUCAGAGCCCAGCAAGAUCCUCAGUUCCCGUGCCCUGUCCUCCAAGCCCUGUCCCAGGCCAGGUCCUGCCUGGAUGCUUCAGAAUGAAGCGAAUGAGGCAUAGAGCAAGGAGCCUCUCACCCAGCAGGAAAGAGUUGGGGGGUGGGAAUUAAUGAAAAAAAAAAAAAAAUCCCCAAACUUUCAUGGCUUUGUUCUGAUUAUUUCACUCUUUUCACCAAUAUUUAAUGUUGAUUCUCCCUCCAAGCCUGUUCAUGAGUCAAACUUUGCAAAAAAGGAUGACUUUUGAACCUUUCUUUUGGAGGAAGCAAAUAUAAUUACUCUCCUUCCACCCACCAACAUGUGUGCACAGACCACUGCUCUUUCCCUGUGAAAAGUCAGUAAUUUUUUUGGAUGAAAUUCCAUCUCUGCUGAAUUCUGUGAAGUGAACCAUGGGUCUUCAUUUUUAAGUCUCGAUUAACUACAGAAGUCAUAGCAGCUGCUUGUAAAGGCAAAAGACUGAGCGAGCCAAGAGACAGAAAGGGAGACUUUUUUUAAGAAUUACUCCAUUCCUAAGGACUUCCAUAAGCACAAAGAAUCAUGGGAAAAAGAAAGGAAAAAAACACAGUUAAAGAACCAGCCAGACUUUCUGUAACCACUGAACUCUAUUUUUUUGGCUGCACAGCACCACUCCCAGUGGCUGGCAGCCCUGAGAGCCUGUGAAAUAUUGUGUAUGUACUUAUACUUGUCACGUCACGUUGUCAUGUACAGCAUUGUCCAGGCUGGAGCAGGAGCUGGGAGGGAGACCCGGGGCUGGGAGAUGGUGCUGGAGCAGGAACCCCAUGUGUGCACCUGUACGAGGGGAGGGUGGUGGGUGCCAGCCCAAACUGGGGUCAAACUUGUACUUACCUUUUCUGUACAUGUCAAUAUUCAAACAUAUCCAUGAAUAAAGCACACACGCAUUUUCCUGAGCCCCUGGCUCCUGCCUGCCGUGCCAGCUUGUCCCUGCCAGCAGGGGACGGAAGGAGCUGAGCUCAGCGCUCCUGUGCUGUAAGGGCAGCUGGAAGAAACUGGGGGAUGUUCUGCGGGGGCUGGAAGAGUGAUGGGGCUCAGAUGAGCCGUGCUUGGCUGGAAUCAUAGAAUCCUGGAAUAUCCCCAGCUGGGAGGGACCCACAGGGAUCAUCCAGUCCCACCCUUGUCCCUGCACAGACCCCAACAAUCCCACCCUGGGCACCCCUGGAGCGCUGUCCAAAGGCUCCUGGAGCUCUGGCAGGGUUGGGAAUGUGCCCAUUCCCUGGGGAGCCUGGGCAGUGCCAGCACCUCUGGGGAUGGACCUUUCCUCAUCUCCAGCCUGACCCCCCCGACAGCUCCCGGUGUUCACUCAGGUCUUGUCCCUGCUCCCGGAGAGCGGAGAUCGGAGCAGAGAUCGGAGCUGUCCCUGGGAGGAAGCUGCAGACAGCUCUGAGGGCUCCUCUCAGCUCCAAACCCAGCCCCAGCCCAGUGUCCCAGCAGGGAGGGGUGACAGGUGACAAACAGCUCUGCUGAGAUGGAGAGACAUCGGUGUCAUCAGGGAGGCGACACGAGUGCCCACACGAGUCCCGGGGCUGUUUGUGUUGUCUGCGGGGUGAGACAUGCAAAGGUUUGGGAGAAAUCCGGGGCAGGUUUGGCUCCCACCACAGGGAGGGAGGCACUGCAGGAUGCGGCAGGGAUGGAAUAAUCGCACCUGCAACUGGUGGAGCCUCUGACGCCGGGAUGUCACCGUGUGAGCCCCGGAGUGGAA